UUGCGUGUAAUUUUCAAGGAGGAGUUUUGCUUGGCAAAGGAAGUGAUGGAGCCCGUGUUUACCUUGCCCUGGGAAAUAAUGGUUAUGGAAAAGCAGUAAAGCGAAUACACAAAGAUAGCGACAAAGACUGUGGAAAUCGAGAAAAAGAAAUGUUGAAUGAGUUUAAUGCAAAGCGAUCAAAUUAUGUUGUGAAUAUUUGGUAUUUAGAAGAGAACCCUGACGAAGAGUAUUUGUACAUGAUAUUAGAUUUGUGUGAAGAAUCGUUAGAGAAUUAUGUGGAAUCCUAUUCUUUGCAAGAUCUUCAAAAAGUCGUUCCUAAAAUUCUUAUUCAUAUCUUAAAAGGUCUAGCUCACCUUCACAGCAAUGAGCGUCCUAUUCUUCAUCGGGAUUUAAGACCAUCAAACGUUCUUCGAGAUGUACAAGGAAACUUUUUAAUUACUGACUUCGGUAUUAGUUAUAUUUUAUGCGAUGGAGCUGUGACACAUCAAAGCAUGCAGAGAGGAGCUAGAUAUUGGAUAGCUCCAGAGUCAUAUGACGCAUCAGUGCAUCAAUUAAUAAAGUUCUUUACAAAAAAGAGUCUGACAUUAUGAUUGCCGGAAUGGUGGCUUAUUAUGUUGCAACAGAGGGAAAACAUCCUUUUGGACAAAAACGGCAUACACUGGACAACAUUUUGAAAGGAAACCCAGUUGGCUUGGACGAAAUCAAGGAUGCCUCGUUCAAAGACCUUUUAUCGUGGAUGCUACAGUUAAAACCUGAAGACAGACCAUCCGCCAAUGAGGCGUUAAUACACCCUUAUCUACAAUCAGACGAAGAGAAAUUUAACAUGCUGUGUGAUAUGGGGAACCAACUGGAGGUGAAACAUUCACAUGGUCGAAAUUCUCCUAAUUUAGACGUUCAUACGCAGUUGUAUGGUUCCACAGAAUGGAUGAAGCGUAUCGAUGAUGAAGUCGUCAAAGAUUUGAUCAACUUUGAAGUAAACGACAGUUUAAGAACUCUAAAGUACGAGUUUACAUGGGCAGGAUGCUUAAGAUUUCUACGAAACGUUGACCAACAUUGGCAAAAUGACCCUAUUCCGCAUCUAUCACAAUAUAUGAAGCAAGGCAAUUAUAAAGAGUAUUUCCUGCAAGUUUUUCCGGAGCUUCCUCUUCUUGUGCACAAAAUCAUAAGGUCGACUGACUGGAAAUCCACUCCAGAUCUGGAAGAACACUUUGCUAAUGAUAAUAACAGUAAAGACAUGAUUGGUGUUUCGCCUUCCACAUCAAAACCUGAUGCAGAUGAUAAUUUGGUUGAACAUUUUUGGAUGAACACAAGCUUUUCAGAAGGUAACCUUAAAAACAUUAGGUUCUUUAAUUCUCCGAACUCUUUUCACCUCGACAGAUGCUUUCAUCUUUCAAGUUUAAAUCUCAACGUUUCCGCAUUUAAAGGGAACUGUACUGCAUAUUUACAUAAGAUCGUUACACUAGAAUAUUUGCAUAAGUUCGUUAAAAGUAUGCAAAGCCGAUGUGGGCAGCAAAAAAUUAAAAUGCAUGCCAAAAAAUGUUCUUUAUGAAAAUGCUCUUUCUGACUUAGAUAUUGGUUUGAGUCGUUUAAAAAAUAAGCGUUGUUUUCAAAAUGUCAGCGUUUUGACAGAUUGCUAUUUUUAACUACUUCCGUUAUAAUGGUGCAAGAAAAUAAAUUUUAAAAGGUUUACUCAUUCAUAAACUGUCACCAUUUUACGACGGUGAGAUACUCAACUGUGAAUCGAAUGCAAAACAUAAAUAUAAACUUUGUGCUAGGGAUUAAUGAUGGUUAUCUUAAUGCAGAAAAGAGUGUGGAAGAAGGAUACCUUUGUGAAUGUUUGUUUAUAUAUCCGUGUUUAUAAAUCUGCGACAUUCUUAAUAAAUCAAAGCGUUCUCAACUUUCACUGUGUUGCAACUAAAAUAAUUUUUUGCUAUUGCGCUUGCACACGACGAUAAUAAAAUUGCUGUUUUCCAAAUUGAUUGUACAAACUAUAUGCUUGUCUACAAUAACCUUAAAAGUAUAAUGAUAGCUAUGUAUAAAAAUACUUUCAUUUGUUUCCACAUAUUACAUCAUUACUCAUGUGACGACCAAUAUCUUGACCAAUGGAUAUUUUCCUUGUAAUCAAUACAGAAACAAACAUGUUAUUAUUGAAGAGAAAAAUCAAUCAAAAAUACUUUUUAUAAUGGAAAAUUGUAAUUUGUGGUUCUGUAAUUUUUAUAUUUUCUUAUAUUUA